GGAAAUAAUAAUAAUUGUAAAGCUAACCAACAAGAACUGUAUUCUUAAUAAAAUGUGUGGGUUUUUUCAGUGUAAUCAUAUGACUAUAUAAUACAAAAAUUGCUUUGAGAGUAGGUCAAAGAUUACGCAUAGCAGAGCCUUGUGUGAUUGGUUAUGAACAAGCGAAAAUAGGGUAAACUUUUGACCCGGCAGCAGCAAAUGGAACUGUGUAAAGCACCUACAGAUGGCAGGAUUUAACGUAUAGUCGGUCUCUCGCCCUUUCCACAGCAAUUAUGAUCAUAUUACAGCAGGCACCGAGGGGAAGGCGCUCUGCAGCUCUAAUACAGUGUGUCUUUGAAAGUUUUGAAUAUGCAGUUGCGUUUUGUUUUUGUAGGGCCAUCAAUUAGCUUAGCAAGAAGAAUUCCACUUUUUUUGCUCAUGUUUGACUCGAUGAGUUCCUGACCAGUGUGCUGAGUCCAUUUGGAACAAAAAAAUCAUUUGAACGGUCUGAAUAAUUUCGAUAAUUCAGACUGCGGUAGAUUUAUUGCUAAGCUUGAAAGACUCAGUAAAAGUUUUUAUGCUGUUGUGCUGCUGAUGCAGGCUUGAGGGGAUGAGGACAAUGUGAUUCCAGAGAGAUCUCUGGGAAACAGCACUUCCAGUCAGCUCCUUGGAUUCUUGUGUAGAUUCGUGCAUCUUCCUGGUUGAGUUUUAGACCAGUUUAAAAUUUGCAAAAUUUAAACUUCAAAAACACCAAUCAAUAAACCACUUACUUGACAAGACUUUGGCAUUUAGAUUAGUCAGUGUCUUUUGGUUUUGUUGUGCCUAUGAAAUACAUGGAAAAUUAGAAGAAGUGAAAGUGUUGUGAAUUAGAAGCCAAUGAUUGCCCAUUUCCUGUAAAUUUUGUCAGUUACAAAAUCAGAAGCCCAGUUGCACUUUGGCACAGACUGAUAGUUCUGAAGUUAUGUUGAGCCUAUUUUGUGUAAUUCAUUGCCUGUCGGAUGUUUGUGUAUCUUGUGUAUGUACGUGUGCAAACUUCUCCCACAGUUGUUUCUCCUAUCAGGCUUUGACGUAUCGGCAUUUGGGAAAAGAGUGAGUUAUAGGAGGCAUGCUUCCUUCUAGCUGGGAUCCAGCCACUAUCUCCCUUUCCGUCUCUUUGCGUUGCCUUCUGGCCUGUAAUCUGAUGCGGGUGCCAGAUGUGGGGAGGUGGAGCAGAAGCAAUCCAAGCUUUUUAGACCAUUUCAUGGAGGGGGUUAUUUUAUUAUAUUUGUGGUUCACAAAAAUUUUUCCUUUGGUUUUUCAGAAUGACUUCUUUGGAGAGUAGAAAUUGCAAACAUAUGGUAGUAAGCUAAAUAAGAUACUGGAAAAUGCUCUUUGGAGGAAGGGAGAAUUUUUAAAUACUGAUAAAGCAUGGUUGGUUGGAUUUGGUUGGUUUUUUUUUUUUCUUUUAAAUCAUGCUGAAGCUUGCACUGUACAUAGACUGCUGGGUGUAAUUCCAUUUCUUUUUGGAGAUGAAUUGUGUUCAUUUUAGCCAUGCCUGUACCUGCAGCAAAGAGCUGCUGCUGCAAGCUUUAAGGCACUUAAAUGGCUCAGUGACUGCUACUACAUGAGUUUGAUCUGGUCACACAAGAUUUCAAAACUUUCCUGGUUGUUAAAAUGCAGUGAAAUGGAAACUACUCUCCUCAAAUGUCAAACAGCGCACACUGUCAUAGAUUAAUUCCUUCUAUAGUUUUAUAACCCCCUCUCACACACAAAAAAACCCCCCACCAAAACAAACUUUAGGUCAGUUAAAAAUCCCACUGGUGCAUUCCCCUCUUUUACAGAUGGGCAGCUUUCAGAUCACCAGGUUUGAGUUGCACUCAAAAUUUGCCUGGACCUGUGAAGUCCGAGCUCUUCAGAGUGGGCUCACAGCCACAGGUGCUGCCCUGUGCUCCCUGUGGAGGCAGGGAUGGGGGCCAAUAUGGUGGCCUCUGCCAGGGAUGGUGGGCUGGCAGGGUUACCUCACAGACCUCAUUAAAACCUCAUUGAGUAAUCUUAAUCUAAAGGUAGUGGCAUAAUUUUUCAGUGUGAGGUGGUUGUCUGUUGUGUUCAUGACUUCAAUGUAUUAAAGCUUUGCAUGACAGCUAUUGCACCUGAAAAUAAGGGCAAUUAUUGUCAGCUUUCUGCCUCAUAAAUACCAGCUUCAUGGAGGUAUUCUGAAUUUGUUGUACUUGAGAAAUGCAAAUCCAAAACCAAUUCUACAGAGAAAGAUGAUUCUUAAUACACGGUGUAGAAAGGGAAAUGAAUUUAAAAGGUGGGUUUCAUAUUUGGGAAAGAAAAGGGUUUUCAGAACCAGAAUAUCCAGACUCGUUUUGUCUAGUUAUAUUCUUGUUCUUUUUGAAGCCUAAAAAAGUAUUGAAGCAUUAUUACUGAGAUGGUAUUAUUGCAAUAUUAUGGAAUUAUUCCCACAGUUUCACUGAUUAAAAUAGAAAUCUAAUUGAAGGAUGUGCACUUUUCGCAGCUAUUAUGUAAAUAACUAGUCUUGUAUUCCAGUUCCUGAAAUAUCCUGAACAAUUAUAGUUACCUCUUUGCUGCUUUAAAAUAUAAAAUCUAUUGACACAUCAACCAAACUGGGGGGUAUAUUAAACCUGUAACAGUGAUCUGUGCUUUAUAAUGGCUGCAUAUUCUUCUUUUAAUUCUGAUCAUUAUUGCUUGCCACAGUAUAAGAGAGAUGCUCAUAUUUCCUAAACAUUGCUGGAAAUAAAAGAGUUAAAAUGACUCUUCUAGGAUUGCUCAAAGCUGAGUACGAAGGUUUCCAUUAUGAGUGGCACAAAAAGUUCUUAUCUACCCUUUGGUAAGUAGGUGAAAUGCCUGUGUGCAAUAAGGGUAAGCUCAGUUUCCUUUUAGUGUUAUCUAAAUACCUAAUUUAGUUUCCUUUGUAUGUGCUCUGAAAGAGUAAGUGACAAAAGCUGUCAUUUCUUUGACCGCACCUUGCAUACAGUUUCACGUAAAAUGAAAUGGUGGGCUUUUUCUGCCUCCAGAAGACAACUUUCCAAACCUGCUGGAAUCUUUCCUUGUUGUCCUAUAUCGAGGUAUUGCUCACCUGUGUCAGUACUUACCUGGUUUAACUUGGGCUUGAAAUUAGCAUGGCAGGAGAGCAUCAUCACCACCAUAUCAGUAACAUUUAGAUUUCACAAGAGUAUUUUGGAUAUUAAGAAGUUUUAAAGUUUUCAAUAAACCAUUGUAUAAUCAUUACAAAUAAAGUAAUAGAAUAUAGUAUGUAGUAUGUAGUAUAACACAGCUAUUUUUUGUGCUGCUCACCAAGCUAAGUGCUGGCUGUGUAAUUGGAGGAUAAAAGCAGUAAUUUGCCCAUAGAGACCUAGGUAAAAGAACAUUUUUUCUUGAUACAUUUAUGUUGCUAGUGGAAAUGUAGACAAGGUUCAGAUUCAUAUCUAUUUUUUUCCCCCCACAAAAAGUAUCAAAAUAUCAAGGUGAGAUAUUUGUUACAAGAAAGUGUUGAAUUUGAUACACUUCAUUUGUAAAUGCAUGAGGAACUCUGCAGACCUUCCAAGAUUUUCUCUUAUCCUCACCUAAGCUGUGAAGAUUUCUGGCUUUGCCCAAUGUCUGUGACAUAACAAAUACCUUCAAAAUCAAAGAAGUAACUGGACGCAUUCAUUUUCCAUAAGAUAUGGGAGUUAGGUCGAUACAUGCCUUCAGCAGAGGAGAGGGAGCCAGGAACAUGUUAUUUGUGCCCCUGCUGGCUCAGGGAACAGUUUGACCUCCUGACAGUCAAUCCUGAGGAGCAGUGGGAUCACUGGUAGGGUGCAGAUUAGUGAAAGCUGAUUGGCACCAAGCACCAACCCUUCCCCAUGUUUGUGGACGUGACCACUUACAGCUAAUAAGCUUAUAAUAAUUUCUGCUUAAGCACAGGUGGUGAAAGUAGCGGUGAAAAAAAGGUAAGGAGCUUAAAUACAGAGAUGGUACGGGGCAAAUUGCGAUGAAACACGUGCAGUGUGUGCUAAUGGUCCCUCACCUUUUGCAUGGGGACUUGUGUUUAUCCCAGUCCUCAAUGCUGAUACUCCUGUUUACACACCAGCUGUAGGGUAGGGGAAUCAGAGCUUCAGCUCCAACAAGAAGCAUUGCUUAUCUCUCUGCUACAUCAAACAUUUUUGCAGUUGGGCAUGAACAUCAAGACUUUUGAGGGUUUCGUGUAAAUCUUGUGCAGGAAAUUAUUCAUGAGGGGCACAUUUUGUUGCCUGUCUGAAGGACUCCACUUACACAAAGGAAUUGAGGAAUGUAUUUUGUUUGGUCUUCUGAAUGGUUUUGUAUUUUGAAAGCUCAAAAAAUUCUCUAAACCAGAUUGCUUUUCUGAUUUGAAAAUAGCACAUGCCUUCCUGCCUACUUUGCAUUUGUUACCUAAAUGGAGUAAAUUCAGUUUGGAGAGGCUUGGAAAGAAGUGAAGGAUUUCAAAUGAUUCCACUUUAAUUAAUCCCAGGAAAAUUCUGCAAAUCUGUCUUUUCUUAGUGUGUGCUGGAUAUCCUUAAAUUCCAUUUCAUUCUGUUUGCAUAGACAAGUCAGGAUAGGUUUUUUUCUCCCUAUGAUGGUAGUUUGGUUUGCCAGUCACUAGCUUUGGUUAGCCAGUCACUAGCUUAGUUUACCUCAUUUUGGUACAUACAGAAUAAGGAGUGUGUGUUUUUGUGAUUUCUUUCUUCUUUUUGAAACCUAAUUUUAUGUAAAGGAAACGUUUCAGUGGUGGUGUUAGUUAAAUCUAGCUUUGAAAUUCUGACCUUUUAUGAAAUAGUGUUUUGCUACCAAUUGUUAUAAGCCAGUAGUGAUAACAGUGGUGAUAAUUUUUUCCCCCUGUAAAAUAUAAAUCUUUGGUUUGUUUAAACAUCAUGUUAUUAGAACAGAGUAAGCUCCCUCUGUGGCAGAUUAUAGUACCUUCUUUCUUCAGGGAAAAAGAAACAAACACAAGCAAUACAAAGAAACAACCCAAGGCUUUUUUCUUUGUUAUCUUUCUUGGCUAACAUGUAAGGACCUUGGGUCCUGCUACUGCUGCACUUCAGAGGACAGCUGAACAGAUGAUUUAUGCAUGUUACAUGCUUCUAAGUUCUCAGCAGUCUGAGACAACAUAAGGACUGUAUCCUGAAAAGUAAAAAAUUUUCCAAGCUUACUCCAAGAAAGCACUUGCACAUAAUCUUUACAGUUAAGGCCAUGAAUGGAGCCCUGUUAGGUAAGACAGUUCAGAGAAUUGCAAGACUUAAGUAUUUAAUCCAAGGCAUUAUUGCUGUGGUGUUAACUAACAAACUGUCUUUCCAGUGCUAUGUUCUCACUAAUGUUCUCAUAUUUAUAUAUCAGUUUGGAGUUGUUUUCUAUACAAAGCUUUCUGCAUCUUUAUUUUUUAUUUAAAAAGCUUUUUGCAUCUUUAUUUUUUAUUUAAAAUAUUUUUCAGGAGUUAACUGUUGACAUCAGGAGAAAUGGUAAUUUUUUAGCAAAUGAAAAUAAAAAAGAAUAAAAAGAAUAUUUACGGGAAUAGUUCAUGUGUUUAGUUCUGGUUUACAUACCUUAAGUGCUGGUAAGUGUAUCUUCUGGGAAAGUUGCUGGAAAUAGAAUCAGUCUUUCUAAAAUGUAUUAUUUUCUACUGUUCGUCUCUCUAUAUAAUUUUUAUUGUAGAACUGGUGCUACUUUCUUCAGGUUCAUUCUGAUAACUGAUAUAGUCUCCAAGAAAAUCUCAUUGUGGAGGAAGACAGCUUUGUUUUCAUCCCUCUUUAGCAGAUCCUGACAGCUCUGCCUGUGAAUCCAAUGCCCCUUCCAGAAUGCUUGCAUAAGAUUAUUCUGGAGAAUUCCUGUACUAUCCUGCAACCACAUACCUUGAGUUAGUAAUUUUUUCUUCUUUCUCACCCAGGAAUAUGUGUAGAUUUUCUGUAUUUUUACAGAGAUAACAUCCGUCAUACUUUCUUGCAGCUUUAAUUGAAGUUUAAGGCACUGUCUGGACACUUGUAGUGUCCCUAUAAGUUGCAAUCUGGAGCAAAAAGACAGAAUGCCUGAUUCUACCCACUUUAAUACACCCGGCUUACUAAAUGGCCUUGAAUAGGUAAUUUUAUGUCUCUCUUCAUCCUGAGAUCUAUAAACUUCCAAUAAUAAAACAUAUAUCCACCUUUUCAAAAGUUCUUUGAAAUCCAUGAGUAAAAGGUAUCCCAUAAGGUCAAAAUAUGAAUUAUUUAUUGCUACAUGACAUGCACAGCAUGCAGACUGUAAGGUUAUGGAUAUUUUGUCUGUUCCUUUUUCCCCUGAGAAUAAAAGUCAUACUUUCAUAGCUCUACCUAAAAAAGUGUUCAUUGUAUGAAUUCUAAUAUAGUUUUAUGUGUAUGAGUGUGUGAUAAUAUUGAAACAUUGGUUUCUCCAAGGGAUUGGUUUCAACUGUUAAUACCCAGUUUUGUCUGAGAGGUGCAAAAAAAAUAAACAUUAAAAAAAAAGUUAAUAUGAGACCAAAAAGAAUAGUCACAGGUGAAGCAAAUAUUGGGUUUUGGAGUAAGCAAAUUACAGUUUCAUGGCAUCAAAAUCAUGGUAAAGUUACUACAGGAUAAGAGAUUACUGUUAGUGCUUGUAGCCAUUUGUUUUCUAAUUGACAUACCAGCAGUGUGCUUUAAAAGAAACUGGUUUUUCUUUUAGUAUGGUCCCUAGGAUUUGUUGUAGGUCCUACUUGUCAUCAAAAGAGUUGUGUACUCUGCUUACUGUUUACAUUAUAUAUUUUAUUAAUUUAGGCAUCUGUUAUAUGUGUGUGUAUGCAUAGCUUAUCUUGAAUAUGUAUAUAUAGGUAGAGAUACAAAGCAUGCAGAAAGCAAGAAUGGGCUUGUUGCAAGAACAGGCCUUUACACUUCAUUCUCAACUGAACAUUCUCAACUGUGCUUGGAAAUCAGUAGGCAGCUAGCACAGGUUUUGUAGUACUGCUCCACAUGUUCCUGCUGACAUGUGCUACUUUAAUAAUUUGGUUUCUCUGUAACAGUUUUGGCCUCUAAAAGAGUAUAAGGAAUGGUCUUCAGUGGAGCACACUUAAAUUGCCUAGAAAUGAGAUCUGUGACAUUAGCAUAAAUCUCAAGUGCUUGGCCUUUAAUUCAAGUCCAAAUAUUAGGUCAGAUUUGUAUCCAGCUAAAUCCAAAAGAACUUUUAACUAUUUGGGAUAGGCACAGACUUUCCAGUGCUGACAAUAGAGGCAAGAGGGUUCUUGCACUGGUUUAAAACUUCUCUUGGAGAUUACAGACUCCUGGAUACGUUUGGUUCUCUACUGCACUUUUGGAUAAAGGGCAGUUCUACAGCUGAAGUAAUAUCCAGUUGGAAGGAUUGGGAAUAUGUUACUGGAAAUCAGGUGGUGAUGGUGAAGGGAAGCAGUGCUAUUCCCAAGUAGGAGCUUUUUCUGAAAAAUUAAAAAAAAAAUACUUCUACAUAUCAAUACAUUUCAUUUAGAAUACUGUACUUUUGGACCAUAGUAAAGUUAAAAGGAGCCAUGUUAAAAGGAGCCAUCUGCUUGGAAGUAUUUCCCUUUAUGUUGCCUUCCUUAUUGGUUCUCUUCCAAUACACUUCAAGCAUUCUUUUGCAUGGUCUUUGUAUUUAUUGGAUAUUUUCGUUUAGCCCUCCUCACAGCUGUAGAAUCUGGUGUCUUAGCUAGUCUGGUUUUUCUUAUCUACCCACCACUCUGACUCUUAAGAAUACUGAGGUACUGCAGGCUAUAUAGUUAUAAAAGUAAUUAAUCUAAUUUACAAAUAGCACAGGUAUUAAGUAAGUGUGAUGUAUUAGAAGUUGCAGGAAUACUGUGCCAUGGAAGCUUCCUAAGAACCCAAACCCUAAAUGGGAACUUUGUCACUUCUUUCUCCUUAUCUAUCUCAGUAAUCUCCAUUGCAAAUACGAAUGUUAGUGUUAUGUACAGGAUACUCAGCUCAAUGUUUCCUUUGCUGUUUUUUCCCCUUGUGUUAUGAAAUAUUUCAAAUCAUAAAAUUAUAUUGAAACCACAGGAUUUUUUAAAGAAAACCACACUUUUGUAGAGAAGAACAGCACAGCAGACAGGAGCUGUAGUCUCAUAUUACCCGGUUUUCUAAAGUUAAGGUGUUUUAAUUGGCCUUGUUACUUAAUUUCCAACACUUCGUUCAUUGCUUCCACUGGGGGCUCUCCACUCUUGCUCCUCUCAAAAAGUGUUCUCACAUGUGCCCCUCAGUGCCUACUGUGUGUGCAUUUAUGUAGUACUGACAGCCAGUAUAUUCAGAACUGCAUUAAAUCCAAAGUCUCCAAGCAGCAGGUAAUUUAAGAAAUUGAAUCUCCUGGCUGAUAGGGACAUGGAUUAGCCUUUUUCAUUGGUUCUCGACCUUGUUUGUAAAAUUUAUUUUAUUGUAGAUAUCUUGUCCUCUUCAUCUGGAAGGGCUUACAUUUCUGGAUGGCCAUCCUUGUAUGUUGCAGCUCCUCCCAUGUAAAAUUUAAGUGAAAAAUGUGGGAUUUUUUUUUCCAAAAGCCUUUCAAGGGAAAAAAAUCCUUCAGCAGCCCCCUGCCACCUUAACUUUUUUUGAACAGUAACAUCAGCAAGCAAAUGCAGUGUCACACAUGCUUAUCAAGAGAAUCAUACCAGUUUGAGAACAAAGCUCCUUUUACUGUUGAUUCAUGGCCUCAGUUCACUUAAAUUUCAUUGUAUCCACUCCUAUCAGGCUCUCUUCUGGGAGUAGAGUUAUAGUCCUUGAACCUUGAAUCUGCUUAGAGUUAAGUUAGAAUAAUUUUCAAAAAUAUGAGUGGUUAUCAGAGUGUCUGUGUAACUAUUCCAAAACAAUAGUAUCCAAACUCCACAACUCCCAUAGCAUUGUGGAAUCACGGAAUAGUUUUGGUUGAAAGUGACUUUACAGAUCAUCCUGUUCCAACUCCCCUGCAUGGACAAGGAAGCCUUCCACUAGACUAGGUUGCUCAAAGCUCCAUCCAACCUGUCCUUGGACACUUACAGGGAUGGGGCAUCCACCGCUUCUCUGAGCAGUCGGUUCCAGCAUCUUGCCACUGUCGUAGUAAAGAAUUUCUUCCCAAUAUCUAAUCCGAACUUACCAUCUUCCAGGUUAAAGCCAUUUCCUCUUGUGUUGUCACUACAUGGCCUUGUAAAGACUCUAUCCUCCAGGUUUCCCCUUUAGGUGCUGGAAGGUUCUGUAAGGCUUCUUGGGGACUUCUCCAGGCUGAACAACCCCAACUCUCUGUGUCUUUAUAGGAGAGGCGCUCCAACCCUCUGAUCAUCUUUUGUGACCCUCCUCUGGGCUCACUCCAUCAGAUCCAUGUCCUUCCUAUAUUGGAGGCCACAGAGCUCAAUGCAGGACUCCAGGAGGGAUGUUAAUAGAGCAGAGUAGAACGGGAGAAUCACAUCCCUUGACCUGCUGGUCACAUAUGCAAUAAAGAGAAAAUCAACCUUCCCAUGUUCAGGACUCUCCUUGGCUUUAUCAUUCAAAAUUAGCACUGCAGUGUCAUCUGCAAAGCAGUUGAUAAAAAUGCACAUCACAAAACGAAGUCAAAAGAUGGUCUUGAAAUACUGCUUAGCAAGUAAAGCUGAUUUGCCUUUGGACAAUGGUAGUGUCCAUGUACUUGGAGUUAAAGGCAGCCCUACUGGGGCAUCCUGCUUCUCAGAUGGAGGUGUGAUUUGGAAACAGAGCACAUCAGUUCUCUCACAGUUGCUUUGACUGGAUUGUGAUUGCAUUUCUGACUUUUGAAGACAAAAUAUGACUUUUUGUCUAGAUUAUUUAAAAUCGUCUCUGUCUUUGCCAUACUGCUGUUAAAACUGCUUUCUUUGAGCUCUUUUUGUCUUGAUAUGUUACAUGCCCUGCCUGUUUUCUCUUUAGUUUUGGGGAAGAAUUGCACAGCAGAAAGUACAGUUAAUUUAAACUUGGCUGGUUUCUUCUCAAAAGGAUAUUUGCUUCACUCAAGACAAAUGGCUUAAACAAUAUUAUAUAUUAUUACAUUAUUAACUUGGAGCUUAGAAAAUGUAGGUUCUUAAGGACCUGGGACUGGCAAUUUGUAAAAAUCUAAAUUACUCAUAAGUCUCAUAUUAAAGGUUAUUUGCUAAUGAUUUUAAGAAAUAGUCCUGUGAACUGUCAAGUACUGCUUUUUCAAGAUGAAUCAUGACAGCCAUGUGUUUGAAAGAUAAAAUGGGAAUCUCUUUGCCAAAAGGAAAGCAAUGAAAUACCCAUUCCAAACUUGACUUUUUUCCCCAUUUACAGACCUUGUAUCUGCUUGUGCUUCAAUACAACAUGCUGAAAUGCAGUCUUUGAGAAAAUGAAAUGCACUGCCCGUAUUGUUGAUAUUUUCAUUAAAGUAAUACUUUUGAGAUUGCUUUUGUGGAAAAUUUACUGUGUAUAAACAUGGUAUGGGUCACUAAUUUUACAUUGAGGGAAGAUCUGUCAGGCCUGCUGUUCACAGUUGACAGUAGUUGUAAUGUGUCUGCCCAUCUAUUUUCAAAUGUUGUGUUUGACUUUUUUAUACUGAUGUACAAUAUGAUGUAAAUGUGUGUAGGAGUCCUCAGGAGGGGACAGGGUUUGCUAUAUUUUCUAAAUAUUUCAGAUUAAAAUGAUCAAGCAGUAUUCUGCUUCUGAUCUUUUCCCUUCAGUCAUACAUAUGAAUUGACUUUGCAGUUGAUUUUAGGGAAAACCUAGUGCAAAGUUAAGUUGUAAACAGAUUCCUGUUUUGGAAUUCAGUGUGUUGAACUUUAUAAGAGUUAGCAGUAGACCCAAGUCCUGACAUGUUUCCUCUUAUCAUAGACUUAAAUAUUCAGUGCAAACCACACUGGGGGUUAGUUGAGAUUGUGUAGCAUUUCUGCUCAGAGUUAAGUCUCUGUAAGAAUUGUCUUGUUUCUACUGUAAAUAUUUAUCUGCAUACCUAAAUUUUAUUGCUUCUUUACUUAAAUGAAAUGACUAUUGUCUUACAUGCUUGAAAGAUGUCAUUUGUUAUUACUGUUGCUUAUAGCAAACCUGCACUUUUGUGUAAAAAGUGAGCAAGUCUGGUUUCUGUUGAACACUUAACUGUCAUUAUGUUAAAUAUUCCUUAAUACCCUACAUUCAGUCAUUGCUGUUGGAUUGUCACAAAGGUUGUGGUUUUUUUCCCUCUUUUAUUCUAACAAGUGGGAUUUGUAGUUUCUGAAUUGACACAGUGCUAAAGUUAAAUGCCAAUUUUGUCACAUCUGUGUCAUUAUAAAAAUUAGCAUAGACCAAUUGUCCUGAAGUUGAUAUUUAUUUCAUAGCAGAGUAUUUAAUUAUUUUAUUGUAAGUCAAAUUAAUUUCAAUUGCUCCUGCUUUUCCUUUCACUUUUUGUUUGAUAGGCUGCAGUCUGUGGCUUUUGGUUUUCUCAUCAAAUAGUUCCAGUUCUUGUAGUUCUCAGGAGUAUUUGUGCUUGGGCUCAGUUACGUUUCGUGGUUCUGUCUAAUGCUGAUGGAAAUUACUGCUUGAAGUCUAUUAAUAGAAAACCUGAAUUUCUUCAGUUUCUCUUCUGUACCUCAUCUCAUCCACUGAUAUUUUGGAUGUUUAAUAAUACCAGAAUUUGGAGCACGACUCUGUUUUUCUGUGUACCACGUUCUGAGUGGUUAAGGCAAGGGGUCAGUCAUCAAUGUUUGCUGUUUAUUGUCGCCAUUCACCACUCAGCAUCACAAAGUGCUGCUUCAGGUGCUUGUUAGAAUUGAUGAGCGUGGAUGAUGCAACAUUAAAUUAGCUUAUUAUUUCUUCUCAAAUUUGUACAAAGCAGCUGUCCCUGUGUUCAAGUUUCUCCCAAGUGACACUGGUUGUAAUCAGUAGCAUCUCCUUUCUUCCUUGAGGUCUCUUGAAAGGAUGUGAAAGCCCAGAAUUUCAGGAUCUGCAAGACACAGUCUCAGUGCAUUUCCUGCUUGCUUCUUGUGGGAACUGGCUUUUCAAAUGCAAGGCAAUGUCUGCAAGCUGCUAGCAAUUAGAAGACUGUUGAACAUUCAUGAGACAUGACAUUUUUGUGACUUCCUGGGAAAUGUUAGUCUUCUCUUAAAAAGGAGAUCUAGGUGCAGAGACCUGAGUGUUCAUCACCAGAUAUGGCAGAAUAAUUUGAUGUAUCCUGAAGUAAAAGUUAGAGGUCCCACUUGCAUUAAACACAGCAGCAAGUUUCUUUUUCAAGGGAAACACAGGCAAUGUAUCAAAUCCUGCUGAGUUCACACAGUGUUGCUGUUACGGCCAGCUGGAGUGUUACACUGUUCUGCCCUGCCUGGUUAUCAGAAACCUUGAAAUUUCACCAAAUUAUUUUAUCUUUAAUCCUCUACCUUGAUUGAGUCAUAUGAUGUCAUUUAGAAAUAUUUUAUUUGUAGAUAAGACUACAUGAAAGAAAACCUACCUUAUCCUUGGAUUAGUAAGGAUGGUUUUGUUGUGCUCAUAAUAGUAAACAUUUUCUUGUCUGACUUUUAUCUAGUUAAAACUUUUGUCUAAUUCAAAUCUCAGCCACUGAAUCUUGCCAGCAGUCAGUCUGCAGAUUUUGGAAACCUUUUACUAUUAAAAGUCCUUAGGAGUACUUCUGGUUUGAGAUGAGGUGAAAUAAAGAGUUUGAGCUGAUUUUAAAAAUAUAUUCACUGGAUGACACAUUCUGUAGAGCGUAAAAUAAUUUAACUUAUAAAAAAUCCCAGACUCUUCAUAACUUAGCUACAUUCUGUUAAAAACACAUGGUAGCACUAGAUGUUAAUACAUUUAUGUAACAUAGUGUGUUAAUACAACAUUUUUUUCUAUGCUUUAGUAUUUCCAUUCUGGUUCUGCUUUUCUUUGCUUACUAAACUUCCUUUGCUGAGUUCCUCUCAUGUACUCUCAGCAUGGAUGGAAGCAACUCAUGGUCUUAACUUUUCUCUCUGUGGGUUGAGGCCCAUUUCGCACCAGAGAGCACCUCUCUGUGUAUAACCCCUAGAGAGCACUGGCAGGCACUCUGCUUCAGAGGCUCUAGCAGGGGGGAACAACCUUUUUUUGUCUCCAGGAGGUGAAAGAACUGAGCCAGGAGCUGACCAUUUCCAGAUUGCACUGAAACAACCCCUUUUUCUUCACUUGUAUUCCUUUUUAAUUACAGGCAAAGGAGUGAAGCAGUAGAGAUUUACAGAAAAAAAAAAAAAAAGAAAAAAAGAAAUCCUCAUCAGCUAUUACUCAAAAAUUUCAAUUAACCAUAGUCAUCCAACUUGUCUUAAAAAGAACACAGUUGUCAGUGGACAUGCCCAUACAGAACUUAAUUGCUAUAUACGGCACACACCUCAGUACUGAAUUCUCCAGUUAGAUGUUGCAGAUACUUGCACAUGGAAUGCUCUGAGUGGAUGUUUAUGAAAGUUAUGAAAGCCUUGAUGAGCUGUCUUCAAGAAGCAUGGACAUUUUAUGAAAUGAAGAGACAAGUCAACAGUAAUAUCUAAGAGGUUGAGAGGGGAGGGAGUGUCUUUUCAUUGCCCUCAGAUGGACAGAAAGGAAAAGGUUCUUAGCACUGUAGGUGCAUGUACUGCUAAUACAGAGACUGACAGUGAGCAAUGACAAAUGCAGCAAAUUCCAGCGAUACGAUUUCUGUGCCCUUCGAGAGGAGAUGCGAAGGUCAGAAAAAUGAGAUUUAUCUCCAGUAUUCUAUUUAUUUUUCAUCAGCUGGUAAGAGGAGGAAUCCUAGCUUUCAAUUAAGAGUUUUCAAUUAGGAGCUCCUAAACUGAUGAAAUGUCUAUGUCAUUGACAUUUAAGUCACCAGGUUUUCAGUUUUGACUUGAAAAACCAAUGGUUUUGUGUAAUGUUCAGUUAGAGGAGUUUGGAAAAAAAUACCUAAUAUUUGGAAACUGUAUAUUUGUGUCUACAUUUAUUGAAAUGUAACACAUGUAAAUCACUGUACUGUUUUAGUUCUUUAUCUGAGCAGUAAUAUCCUUAUAGUGCAUCAUGGCAGUCAGUCCUAGUAGUUUCUGGUUGUUCUCUAUGCUGGCAUAGUGCCCUUCCAGUCUUUCCCACAAGGAGUGAGACUUAAUGCUGCCCAGUCGGCUUUCCUAAAAGUCAGUGGCCUCUUGCCUUGAAGAAAACCUGGUGAGUCAGCUUUGCAAACUCUUACAAACACAGUUUGACAUGUGUUGCUAUUUUUCAAAUGAGGGCUGUUACUAUAGCUGUCAAUUGGGUACCUCUUUGGCUGCUCCAGCCUGAUAGGAUUGAAGGGAUUGUGAGGGUAGAAUUGGAUCCGCCUGGGUAUGGUAUAGAGAGUGAGAGAAGGGACUAAGAAGUUAUGUUUUGGAAUUAAAAAUACUGAAAAGGUCUUUUGAGGUGGCUUUACCAGUCCUUGUCUCAAGUAUGUUAGAAGGGCAAAGUCUCAAGUAUGUUAGAAGGGCAAAGAACACUAGAUUGUUUUGGUAUGUCCUGUCUGCCUGAUUCACUCUUUCUUAAGGAAAAAAAAAGGAAGAAAAAUAAAACAAACUUUAUAAAACUGUGAAAAGCAUGCAAUGAGGACAGUGUUCUGUUUAUCAGUAACAAUUAUUUGAACAUAAAUUGUAAAUGCUCUAUUGAGGCUGCCUCUUCCCCAUGUCUACUGCAAAGUCACCUGCAGCUGGACAAAGGAAAUGAAGUAUCAAUUAGGUAUAUUAUUUCUUAGAGAAAACUUAGGUGGACCUCUUCUGCUGUGUAAGGCCUGUGUCUUAUCCUAACAUGAAAAAGUCUCUAUUGCUAGAACUAGUUUUGAACGUCACCUGCUCAUCCCCAAAUUGAGUGUGUGAUUCCUGUGAAACUAUUUGAGAGGAAGCAACAACUCUGUCAUUUCAUUGGAAGCAUGUAUUCGCUGCCUGAUAAAGCCAAAGAGCCCUUCCUUCUUUGCUGUUGCAUGUUCCCUUAUUCCCAUUCAGAUCAGUGUUUUCUAUCAGGAAUAUUUUUCACUUAUUUCUCCUUUCCCUUUUUGUCUAGAAUUACUGUACACUGCAGUGGAAUGUUCCCACUUCUCCAUUAGUUUUAUCUGUAUACUGUUCUUCACUAAGCAAUCUUUUUAACAACAUCUGUGUACUUUCAUUGCUUUUUCAGUCUCCAACUCCUAUUUUAUUGCUGCAAUGACUCUUUUCUGUUACCUCCUUUUUACUUACACAUAACUCUUUCUUUAAUACUGUGAUUAUUGUGUUUGUGCUCACCAUAUUAUUUUGAAUUUAAAUUUCUCAUUUUAUGAUUCCUGUAAAAAUUAGAUAGUUCUAGCUAUGGUAUCUGACUGGGAUACUCCCACUCUUUAUGUUUUCCUUAGAUUUGUACUUCACAAGUGAAGUGUUUUGUGUGUGUGCAUUCUUGUGAAAGCUCAUUUUCCUUCUGGUGAUUGUCUGUUAAUAUAUUUUCUUGAAUAUCAGAGAUGCUCUCCCUAAUCUUCAGGUUUUGUCCCAUUACUAUCAUUUUCCAAUUUGACCAGUAUGCUUGAUGCAUCUUGUUUAGAUAAGGAAUUCAUAUGGAAAAUGCAAAUAAAAUAAAAUUAAGAUUGCAAAGCAGUUCCUGUUCUAUUGGGGUAAAAGUUGUAUGUAACUCCAAAUAAUGUUCAUUUUGCUUACCCUAUGCGGUGUGGUGCUUUGAAAAGGAGGGGCAUACUGAGAAAGGCCUGGGAAAAAUAAACCCCCUCAAUUUACUGUAUGUUUUUCUGCUGAAUGUAUUCUCCUUAUAGAACCAGAUUAUUUCUUCCUGAGGAAGACUGAGGAUCUUUCUCAGAGAUUCCCUCUAUAGCAUGGAAAAGAGAAGAGUAGAAAACAGGAUUCAUGCUGCUCCAGAAGGGGGCUUGUUCCCAUUUCAUUUUCAGCUGCUCUGCUGCAGAAAGGCUGGGCCUGAGCUCGUAAUGUUGAUCAUAGUGUUGGAGGAGGUUUCCCCAGAGCCUUGGGCAGGGCUGCCUUCCUGAGUAGAGCUGUCCUUAGGGAGAGGGGUAAACAGAAGAAGUGAUGGGGCAGCAUUGGCAAAAACCAUUUGUACAGGACAGCCACUAUUUCUUCACAAUUUCCGUUUUAUUUUCCUGGGAGUACAGCCACAGUCUCUAAAACUGUUUUCCAGUUUCCUGGAGAAACCAUAAGUUAAUGAUCAAUGCCGUCUUUAAGGAGAAUGAAGUGCUGUAAUGGGAUAAGAUGGAAAUAGAAGGAAUUACAGGGAAGAACCAACCCACAAGAAUCAUCAAGUCCAACUCCUGGCCCUGCACAGCACCAUUCCGAAGUCACACCCUGUGCCUGAGAGCACUGUCCAGUUACUCCUUGAACUCUGCCAGGCUCAGUGCUGUGACCACUUCAUUGAGGAGCCUGUGCCCAACCACCCUUGGGAGGAAGAACGUUUUUUCCUAAUAUUUACCCUAAAGCAAAAGGAGAUAAUUCUGUUUCUUGUUCAUAUAGGAAAAGAGCAGGUACAAAGCUGCAGAAGUGGUUCUGUGGGCUUGACAAUUAUUUUACAGUUCUUCAUCCACAGCUUUCUUAAAUAGUUUGCAGAUCCCAACAAUGAAAUGUCUGGGUACGGCUAUGCUGGUCUGUGUCCAGCUGCACUGCUCAGUGCUGUCAGAGGAGGACAGACUUGGGGGAAAUAAAUUGGGGAUGUUUAUGUUGUGUGCAGAGGUAAUAGGGAAUUGGUGCUAAUGAAGAAGAGGAAAGGCUUGUUCUGUAGUCUGUGAAAUACUUCCGUGAGGGCAGGACAGAGCCUUAUGCUUGUCUGUGUACUUUGCCUUUUACAAGCAGGAAAACUUCUGACUUGCAAGGUCCAAACCCACCUGGGGUCUGGCAUUUAGGAGGGAACUCUGAAGCUAAAGCUUAGGUAGAUUUCCCCACUUGACACUGUGUUUAAAAAAAUCCAUAAGGUAUUUGUCGUGGUACUGAGUUAAAGCAAGAUAAAUGAUGUCACUUAAUAUAUAGAAGCACUGUCACUGGAGUUUGUAGUGUGGAUCAUUUGUUAUUUGUGCUUUUUUGUAUUUACAGUAGAGUUGUGUGCUGGGGGAAUUUGAACCAUAGGUUGUUGCUGAGAGAAGAGUAUUUAUUGCAACAGAACUAAAAUUACAGGGAAAAAAUUAAAGUACUCUUGGGGGAAAAGAAUAAUUUUAGCAUGCCAGAUACUCAGUAUUAAGCAUGCUUAAUAUUCAGUUUAGUCUCAUAUGACAUGUUUACAACCAAUGUAUAUGCCCCAACAAAGGCACUGUUUAAAAAUAUAUUCACUAACGAGUUUUGGUGCAAGAAGUAGAGAGAGCCCUUAUAUUCCUCUUCCACAUCGACAGCACAAUUUGCUCUUCGAUAGAGGAAGAUGCAAAAUGAUUUCAAGUGUGCCAGGUUUGGGUUUCUCCAGGAGUCGUACACUUAAAAUCAGCAGAAGGGAGGGAGGGGAGGUACUCUGUUAUCAUCAAGCUCUGCUAAUGUAGCCCGGGUGCCACGUGACUGCAGAAAAGGCUAUUAUCUCAAUGAAAAGGAAACUGCUUUUUAGAGCAGCAACAGAACAGAAGCAGGAGGAAUUUUCGAGUACUCCACCAUGCUGGAUUGUCAAAGGGGGAUCUCUCUGAUCAGCAGUUAGGGAAGGAUUAGCGUGGCCAGUUUGUCAGCUGUCAUUAGAAGCAGAUGACAGAGAUGAUAAGCUGCUGUGUGCGCACGUCCUCACUCAGCAUGUGCUUUGGUUUACAUCAAGACAUAACACAGGUUUGGGAUAAUGGAGAGCUGGUAUUUUUAAAGCUGUAAAUUUACUGGUAAUCGUCUGGGCAUUUUUUUCUUUUGCUUUUGCUUUUUUUUUUUUUUUUUUUCCUUUUGCUUUUUUUUUUUCCCUCUCCUGUUUUUAAUAAAAAACCAGUGUGAUGAGUGGGGGAUUUAUCUACAUCUUGAUCUGAAGACGGAGAAAAACUAAUAGGAUCUGCCUUCAUCUGCAAGGGCUGGAAGAUGACAAGUUGCUGAUAUGUGUUCAAGAUGAGUGGGAUGGGAGAAAAUACCUCUGACCCAUCCAGAGCAGAGUCAAGAAAGCGCAAGGAUCCCGAUCAGGUUGGACCCAGCCCUAAAAGAAGCACUGAGAAACGCAAUCGUGAGCAAGAGAAUAAAUACAUUGAAGAACUUGCAGAGCUGAUUUUUGCAAAUUUUAAUGAUAUUGACAACUUUAACUUUAAACCUGACAAAUGUGCAAUCUUGAAAGAAACUGUGAAGCAAAUUCGUCAGAUAAAAGAACAAGAAAAAGCAGCAGCAGCUAAUGAAGAUGAAGUGCAAAAAGCAGAUGUAUCAUCUACAGGUCAGAGUGUCAUCGACAAGGAUGCACUUGGACCGAUGAUGCUUGAGGCCCUAGAUGGGUUCUUCUUUGUAGUGAACCCAGAGGGUAAUGUUGUGUUUGUUUCUGAGAAUGUGACACAGUACCUGAGGUACAACCAAGAAGAGCUGAUGAACACAAGCAUAUACAGCAUCCUGCAUGUAGGGGACCACAAUGAAUUUGUCAAAAUCCUGCUGCCAAAAUCUUUAGUGAAUGGGGGAUCUUGGUCUGGUGACACUCCUAGGCGUAAUAGCCAUACCUUCAAUUGUCGGAUGCUGGUAAAACCUCUGGCUGAUUCUGAAGAAGGCCACGAUAACCAGGAAGCACAUCAGAAAUAUGAAACUAUGCAGUGCUUUGCUGUUUCUCAACCAAAUUCCUUCAAGGAGGACGGUGAAGAUUUGCAGUCGUGCUUGAUUUGUGUUGCAAGAAGAGCUCCGAUGAAGGAAAGACCACUUCUUCCUUCGUCAGAGAGCUUUACUACACGCCAGGAUCUUCAAGGCAAAAUAACUUCAUUGGACACAAGUACCAUGCGAGCAGCUAUGAAACCUGGCUGGGAGGAUUUGGUGAGAAGAUGCAUUCAGAGGUUCCAUUCACAGCACGAGGGAGAAAUAUCUUUUGCCAAGAGGCAUCACCAGGAAGUGCUGAGGCAGGGGCUGGCCUUCAGCCCUGUUUAUCGCUUUUCCCUGUCGGAUGGCACCAUCGUCUCUGCCCAAACCAAGAGCAAGCUCAUCCGUUCUCAGACGACCAGUGAACCUCAGCUUGUAAUCUCCUUGCAUAUGCUUCACAGAGAGCAGAAUGUCUGUGGAAUGAAUCAGGAUUUGACUGGACAAGGAAUGGGGAAGAUAUUGAACCCAAUUAGUUCCAGCAGCCCUGCCCAUCAGGCCAUGUGCAGUGGGAACCCAGGUCAGGAUAUGACCAUCAGUAGCAAUAUAAAUUUUGCCAUAAAUGGCCCAAAGGAGCAAGUGGGCAUGCCAGCAGGCAGGUUUGGUGGUUCAGGGGGAAUGAACCAUGUGUCAAGCAUACAAGCAUCCACUCCUCAGGGUAGUAACUAUGCACUAAAAAUGAAUAGCCCCUCUCAGAGCAGCCCCGGCAUGAACCCAGGGCAGCCAAACUCUAUGCUUUCCCCAAGGCAUCGCGUGAGCCCUGGAGUGGCGGGAAGUCCUCGCAUCCCACCCAGUCAGUUCUCCCCUGCAGGAAGCUUACAUUCACCUGUGGGAGUCUGCAGCAGCACAGGAAAUAGCCAUAACUACACCAACAGUUCCCUGAACGCACUUCAGGCCCUCAGCGAGGGCCAUGGCGUUUCUCUAGGAUCGUCGUUGGCUUCACCUGACCUAAAAAUGGGAAAUUUACAAAAUUCCCCUGUGAAUAUGAAUCCUCCCCAGCUAAGCAAGAUGGGAAGCCUGGACUCUAAAGACUGCUUUGGAAUAUAUGGGGAGCAAUCAGAAGGUACAACUGGACAAGCAGAGAGCAGCUGCCAUUCAGGAGAACAGAAAGACAACAGCGAUAGCAACAUGCCACCGGUUGUCAGUGGCGAGAGACCUGAUGGACAGAAUAAACUGCACGACGGAAAAAGCCAGACAAAGCUCUUACAAUUGCUGACCACCAAAUCAGAUCAGAUGGAGCCUUCACCUUUGUCCAGUACCAUGGGAGACAUUAGCAAGGACUCCACAGGAGGGUUGCCUGGGUCUGGUUCAGCACACGGAACCUCGCUCAAGGAGAAGCAUAAAAUUUUGCACAGACUAUUGCAGGACAGUAGUUCUCCUGUAGAUUUGGCCAAGCUCACAGCAGAGGCCACAGGCAAAGAACUGAACCAGGAGUCCAGUAGCACAGCUCCUGGUUCAGAGGUGACUGUUAAACAGGAGCCAGCGAGUCCUAAGAAGAAUAAUAAUGCACUACUUCGCUACUUGCUAGAUAAAGAUGAUACUAAAGAUAUUGGUUUACCAGACAUACCCCCAAAACUGGAGCGGUUGGACAGUAAGACAGACCCUUCCGGUAGCACAAAGUUAAUAGCUAUGAGGACGGAAAAAGAAGAGAUAAGCUUUGAGCCUAAUGAACAGCCAGGCAGUGAGUUGGAUAACUUGGAAGAGAUUCUGGAUGACCUGCAGAACAGCCAGUUACCACAGCUUUUCCCAGAUAGCCGCCCAGGCGUGCCAGCGGGCUCGGUGGACAAGCAAGCCAUCAUCAAUGACCUCAUGCAGCUCACCAGUGACAGCAGCCCCGGCGCGGCGGUGGCCACCCAGAAACCAGCAAUGAGGAUUUCGCAGAGCACUUUUAAUAACCCACGAGCAGGGCAACUGGGCAGGUUAUUACCAAACCAGAACUUACCACUUGACAUAACACUGCAGAACCCAACAGGAGCAGGAACUUUCCCACCCAUAAGAACAAGUAGCCCCUACUCAGUGAUACCUCAGCCAGGACUGAUGGGCAGGAAUGAAGGGAUGAUAGGAAGUCAAGGAACUUUAGGCAACAGCAGCGCAGGAAUGAUUGGUGGCAAUGCCCCUCGGCCUGCCAUGGCAUCUGGAGACUGGGGCAGCCAGGCUCCCGCGGUGAGGGUGACCUGCGCGCCCACGGCUGGCGCCAUGAACCGGCCGGUGCAAGCAGGCAUGAUCCGCAACCCCACGGCCAGCAUCCCCUUGAGACCCAGCAACCAGCCUGGCCCAAGGCAGAUGCUUCCAUCUCAGGUCAUGAAUAUGGGGCCAUCUGAAUUGGAAAUGAACAUAGGAGGGCCUCAGUAUAGCCAACAGCAGGCACCUCCAAAUCAGACUGCACCAUGGCCAGACAGCAUCUUGCCUAUAGAACAGGCAACUUUUGGUAAUCAGAACAGGCAACCGUUUGGCAGCUCACCAGAUGAUCUCUUGUGUAAUCAUCCUUCAUCAGAGUCACCAAGUGAUGAGGGUGCUCUCCUGGAUCAGCUUUACAUGGCAUUAAGGAAUUUUGAUGGCUUAGAAGAAAUCGACAGGGCUCUAGGAAUACCAGAACUAGUGAGCCAGAGCCAAGCUGUCGACCCCGAGACCUUCCCGAGCCAGGAGUCCAGCAUGCUGAUGGAGCAGAAGGCUCCGGUGUUCUCGCAGCAGUACGCGGCGCAGGCGCAGAUGGCGCAGGGCAGCUACGCGCCCAUGCAGGACCCGAGCUUCCACGCCAUGGGGCAGCGCCCGGGAUACACCGCCCUGCGCAUGCAGCCCCGGCCCGGCCUGCGGCCCGCCGGCAUCGUGCAGAACCAGCCCAACCAGCUGCGCCUCCAGCUGCAGCACCGGCUCCAGGCACAGCAGAAUCGGCAGCCACUGAUAAAUCAGAUCAGCAGCGUCUCCAAUAUGAAUCUGUCUUUGAGAACUGGAGUGCCAACACAGGGCCCCAUCAACGCGCAGAUGCUGGCGCAGAGGCAGCGGGAGAUCCUGAGCCAGCACCUGCGGCAGCGGCAGAUGCAGCAGCAGCAGCAGCAGGUGCAGCAGCGGACGCUGAUGAUGCGAGGGCAAGGCUUGAGCAUGACCCCCAGCAUGGUGGCCACCGGUGGCAUCCCAGCAACCAUGAGCAACCCGCGCAUCCCGCAGGCAAAUGCACAGCAGUUUCCAUUUCCUCCAAACUACGGUAUUAGUCAGCAGCCCGAUCCAGGCUUCACAGGGGCCACCACUCCUCAGAGUCCACUGAUGUCACCGAGGCUGGCUCACACUCAAAGCCCCAUGAUUCAGCAGUCUCAGGCUAAUCCUGCCUAUCAGUCCUCUACGGAGAUGAAUGGGUGGGCACAAGGGAAUAUGGGUGGUAACAGCAUGUUUUCACAACAGUCCCCACCACAUUUUGGGCAGCAAGCAAGCACCAGCAUGUACAACAAUAACAUGAACAUCAGUGUAUCCAUGGCAACCAACACAAGUGGUAUGAACAACAUGAACCAGAUGACAGGGCAGAUCAGCAUGACCUCAGCGACCUCUGUGCCUACAUCAGGGUUGUCCUCCAUGGGUCCUGAGCAGGUUAAUGAUCCUGCUAUGAGGGGAGGCAAUCUCUUUCCAAACCAGCUGCCUGGAAUGGAUAUGAUAAAGCAGGACGGAGAUGCAGCACGGAAAUAUUGCUGACCCUGAGGGUGGUAUGGUUGCUCCUUUCUUCAGCUGACUGGGCUCACGGCCCCAAACCCUUACCAGUUUGAAGAGCUGUGUCUGUUUGUCGUGUCCCCGCGGAGCUGCCAGCCCCGGCAGCUGCCUGCUGCCAACAGGACUCAGCCCUGCCUUCCCGAGGGGAGCUGGGGGUCUUUGCCGAAGAGCAGCCUCUUCUUUGACAGUCUGGAGCUAGCGUACAGACAUUGCUCAGUCUGUUCACUGCAUUCACCUUAGUGCAACUUAGAUCUCUCCUGCAAAGUAAAUGUUGACAGGCAAUUUUCAUAAACCAUGUCAGAUUGAA